GCAGCAUCUUUGGCUGUCACAACACACGGUGUGCUGUGUUCAAAGUGCUGUUACAAUCUCGAAUACCUAUGCGGCUCGACUAGGGUGUUAUGUUACGGAUAGCCAAAACCGGCGAAGGAGCUAGGCCUAUACCUCCGGCAUGGCGGCAGAAAUACAACCCAAACCGCAGACUCGGACGCCUGUUCUGCUCAACAAAAUCGAGGCUUCCCAAGAUGUUGUGAACACGGCGGUCAUAAUUCCAAAGGAGGACGGGGUGAUCAGCGUCUCCGAGGACAGGACGAUCCGGAUAUGGCUGAAGAGAGACAGUGGCCAGUACUGGCCCAGCGUUUACCACACAAUGCCAGCUUCUUGCUCCUGUAUGUCCUUUAACCCAGAGACCAGGAGGCUGUCUGUGGGGAUGGAGAAUGGAACCAUCUCUGAGUUCAUCCUGUCAGAAGACUACAACAAGAUGACCCCGGCACAGACCUAUCUGGCCCACCAGGGCAGAGUGACAGUGGUGCUGUUUGUGUUGGAGAUGGAGUGGGUCCUCAGUACAGGACAGGACAAGAACUUCACCUGGCACUGCUCUGAGAGUGGAACAAAGCUUGGGUUAUACCGCACCACCGCCUGGGUCUCUGGACUACAGUUCGACGUGGAGACGAGGCACGCCUUUGUGGGUGACUACUCUGGUCAGGUGACCAUCCUAAAGCUGGAGCAGGACAGCUGUAGUCUGGUCACCACCUUCAAAGGACACACAGGCAAUGUGACAGCGCUGUGUUGGGACCCGGUCCAGAGAGUGUUGUUUUCCGGCAGCUCCGAUCACUCCAUCAUCAUGUGGGACAUCGGGGGACGCAAAGGUACCGCCAUCGAACUUCAGGGACACAAUGAGAAGGUCCAGGGCCUAUGCUACGCGCCACACACACGUCAGCUGAUAUCCUGCAGCUCAGAUGGUGGCAUCGUCAUCUGGAACAUGGACUUGACCAGACAGGAGACCCCAGAGUGGCUGGACAGUGACUCGUGUCAGAAGUGUGAGCAGCCAUUCUUCUGGAACUUCAAACAGAUGUGGGACAGUAAGACGAUCGGCCUGCGCCAGCACCACUGCAGGAAGUGUGGGCAGGCAGUGUGUGGGAAGUGCUCGGCCAAGCGCUCCACCAUCCCUCUCAUGGGCUUCGAGUUCGAGGUGCGGGUGUGUGACAGCUGCCACGAGUCCAUCACGGACGAGGACCGGGCGCCCACGGCGACAUUCCAUGACAGCAAACAUAGCAUAGUUUACAUGCACUACGAGCCUACCACAGGCUGGCUGCUGACCUCUGGGGCAGACAAGGUUGUCAAGCUCUGGGACAUGACUCCAGUGGUGUCCUGAAGGUCAUCGUUGACAUUGGAGCAUCAUGGAGCUCCAUCCACCUAUCAGCAGAUCCUUCUGCUCCUGCAUCUUGCACUCCAAGGCCCUGUGGAAGUCUCGUUCCUGUUGCUUCAUCUCCUCCUUCAUCUUCUC